AGACGCGUACGACAACGUUAACAUGGCUAUACAAAUGCUGACGAACAAUGUUAUCACAAAUAACGAGGAUCUAUACUUUAAUGGUAAUGCGAGCGUGCGCCUCGGUAUCGCGCACACUUUUCGUCCUGCGUGUUCGAAACCAGAAAGCCAAAAGCGCCUCACGCGGCUGAUAUAUAUUGCUUUUUGUCGAUACACAAUUUUUGUCGGUCAUUUGCGUGAUUGUUGCGUGAUACCUUUCUUUCUUGUUUAGAUUUUAAGGCACACAUGUGCGGGAAUGUGCGUUGACAUGUUACGAGAAUCAUAAUAUAAUGAAAAAUAUUGAAUCUUGUUUAUCCGGUAAAUAAUAGAAGUGAUAUUAUUAUAAGCUCUAUUGUUCGUAUCAGAUGUUCUUGAAUUUAAUGCCAAUAGGUAACACAAGUAUGCUAAGCCCGUUUAGUAGUUUAGGAUCUCAAGGAAACAUGAGUGUUACAUCACCGAUGUCAACGUCUUCGUCACCUAUGCAUCUUAAUGAUGAUUACAUUAAUUUAACAAAUACAGUAACAGUACUUGGUGACGAAGCUUAUAUCAGUAUUUUGAUGCAACCAAUGGAAAAAUUUAGAUUUCGAUAUAAAUCUGAAAUGGUGGGAACACACGGGAGUCUGUUAGGUAUAUUGAAUGGACGUAAACGACAUAAAAGUAAUGUACCUACAGUCAAAUUAAAUAAUUUUUUGGAUAAUGCGAUAAUACGCUGCACAUUAGUUACGACUGAUGAAGAACUCAGAAUACCACAUGCUCAUAAAUUGGUGAAGCGAGAGGGUUGCGCGGAUUCAGGGGAACCACAUUAUAUAGAAGUUUCACCUCAUAAUGAUUUUACAGCUGAAUUCAGUGGUAUGGGCAUAAUUCAUACGGCAAGAAGAAAUGUCAAGGAUGAAAUAGUACGAAAACUGCGUGAGGAGGCUCUAGAGGAACGCAAACGUUCAAAUAUAAACGCCAAUCUUAGUUUUCGUGAAGAAGCACAGAUUAAAGCUGAUGCAGAGCAGUAUCAAAAAAUUAUAAAUUUAAACAGUGUUGCCCUUUGUUUUCAAGGGUUCAUUAAAGAUGAACAUAAUAUUAUGAGACCAAUUACAGCGCCAAUCUAUAGCAAUCCAAUCAAUAAUCUGAAAAGUGCGUUAACUGGAGAACUUAAGAUAUGCAGGAUUGACAAAUUUACUAGCAGCUGUGAAGGUGGCGAAGAAGUAUUCAUACUUGUGGAGAAAGUUUCAAAAAAAAACAUAAAGAUAAAAUUCUUUGAACUCGACGAAGAUGACACUGAAAUCUGGAUAGAUUAUGGCCGUUUCUCAGAACUUGAUGUUCAUCAUCAAUACGCCAUGGUAUUUCGGACUCCACCAUACAGAGAUCGAAAUAUCACUUCUCCGAAAGAAGUGUUUAUACAACUAGAACGUCCUUCAGAUUCGGGUUGUUCAGAACCAAUCAAAUUCACAUAUAAGCCAAGCGAUCGCAUGAUAGGUAGAAAAAGAACACGAAUUUCUCAUUCAAAUAGCGCGGAAUUGGCACACAUGGCAUGUAAUAAUGUGCCAUUAGUGAAUACGCCAGUAACAAAUAUGUAUCCGAGAGAGAGAGAGAGCAACGAUAGCACUGAGAUUUCUAAAGAGAUAAAAAAGAUGUUGGAUGAUAGAUGCCCUUCUAAUGAAUUUCGCGAAUUUAUCGAACACAUAAAUUUAGAUGUAUAUGAACAAUUAAUAUAUCAAAGUAGCGAAGAAAAUAAACUAACUUACGAUGGUGUAUCGAGUAAAAAGGAUGACAAAUCAUUUGCAAAGGAUGUUAUUAUUGAUACGAUAAAGAACAUCAAAAUAGGAUCAAAAAGUAAAGACAAAGAAAUCAUAAUAAAAGCAUUCAAAGACAGAACAACUUAUGGAGAUUCGCCACUGCACUGUGCGCUCCGAUAUGGACAAAAAGACAUUAUAAGACAUAUCUUAAUACUUAUGAGCAUCCUGAAUAGAGAUGCUGAAGAACUGGUGAAUAUUCGAAAUAGUUCCGGAAAAAGUCCAUUGCAUUAUGCUGCUUCGCAAGAUCAACCGGAAGUUACAAAAGCAUUACUCAUACUUGGGGCGGAUCCAAACAUAACGGAUCAUUAUGGACAAAUGCCAUUGCACAAAGCUGUAAAAUUUCCAGAAGCGAAAGAUAGUGUUGACAUUUUAUUAGCUGAAAAAGAAAUCAACAUCGAAGCAAAUACGGAUUUAGGAUGGUCACCCUUGUUAUUAGCUGCUAAAGCUGGUAAUUAUCAUGCGAUAUGUUCUCUCGUCAAAGCUGGUGCAGAUGUAAAUAGCACUGAUAUGUCCUAUGGGAGGACUGCAUUACAUAUAGCAGUUGAAGGCGGCCACAAAGAUAUCGUCAAAUUUCUAUUAAAAAAUACCAAGAUAGAUGUAAACAAAAGGAACUUUAGCGGGAAUACGGCUUUGCAUACCGCAGUGGUUAUACCAGGGACGAUAGCUAAAGAAAUAUGUGCCCUUUUACUAGAACACGGCGCCGACCCAUAUAUAAGGAAUUAUAAUCGUGAUUCAUCUAUCAUUGAAGGAGAACAAAUUCAAGAUAUAAAAACUGAAGUACAUUCGGAAGAUGAAAACAUGGAGGAAUGUACCGGGGAAUCAUCUUUUGACUUGGCUUCAAAUAAACCAGAUAUCUUGCGGCUCGUCUCUGAUCAAAAUGAUGUGUUAAUGGGCGAAAUUAAAUGUAAAGAAGAAAAUAUAGACGACACACAAAAAAUUUGGAUGGAUGCAAGUCAGGAGAAACAAUUAGCAAGUAUUUUAGAUGAAACCAAAGGAUGGAAAAAAUUAGCGCGUCAUUUUAACUUUCAAUACUUAUUGAACACUUUCGAACAGAGCUCGACCAGUUCAACGUUGCUCCUCUUGAAUUACAUCGCCAUACAAACCAAUACAUCUCUCAUUGAAUUGCGAAAUAUAUUACAGAAUAUAGGCGAAGAAGAUGCCACAGCAUAUAUGAGCCAGAUUUUACAUAAAACAUGAUUCAUAUAUUUUUAAAACAAAUAUGUGAUUGUUCCGUGAGUAUGUAUGAGUGUGUGUGUGCAUGUACAGUUUAUUUAUAUAUUUUAAAUUAAACUGCAUUAUACAAGUGAAAUUGUUAUUAUAUUUGAAUGAGAUUUUUAUUAUGUUCAUAUAUUUUUUCUUAAAAAGAUCCUUUUUAAGUUAGAAUUCUAUUUACAAAUUUACAUACUCAUGAUACAAAUAAAUACAAAAAAAUUAUUUUUGAUAAGCUAAAAAACGUUGAUCUCUCUUAUAGGUUCUGAAUUGAAAAAUCUAUUAAAACUUAGUUUUGUCAAAUCUAUAGUCAGGAAACGUUCGUUUAAGAUCAACUCCGAGAUCGCACGUCCUACUGCAGGUGCCUUUUGGAUACCGUGUCCGCUAAAACCAGUAGCUAUGAAUACAUUAUGAUGAAAAGGAUGCUGGCCGAUAAUACCAUUUUCAUCAAAAGUAUUAUAUUCAUAAUAUCCAGCCCAUGAUGACUUCACCUAAAUAGAAUAGAAUAGAAUAUACAUUUUGAAAAAAGCUA